AAUAUUUUGCACUCAUUGUAAUAUUUCAUAAUUGUUAUACAUAAUUUUUGGUUUAAGAUCUCUUUUUUGAUGAAAUCUGUUAAUUUUUUAGACCAAAUUUUCCUUCCUGUCUGUAUGUGGAUAGUAUGAGAUCAUCUAUUCUUCCAAGGAUUUUCAGAUUUCUUCUACUUCGUUUUAUUGUGAGGAAGAUAUUUAAUGUAAAAAUGUGGUCUUUUAAGGUUGAUUUUAUUUAUUUGAGAGGCAGAAGGAGAGAGAGAGAGAGGGAGAGAGAGGUUUUCAGUCUGCUUGUUCACUCUCCAAAUGACCACAACAGCAAGGAUUGGUCCAGGCUAAAGUCAGGAACCUGGAGCUUCACUCGGGUCACCCACAUGGGUGUAGAGGUCCAGUAACUUGAGCCUUCUGUUACCUUUCUCAGGUGCAUUUGCAGGGAGCUGCAUCUGAAGUGGAGCAGCUGGACUAGAACUGGCACACAUAUGGAACGCCAGGACUACAGGUGUUUGGCCCCAGUUGCUGUCCCGUGGGACGGGACAACUGGCGCCCAACGUGGGGCUCGAGUGCGGCCCUUGGGGUUCAAGUGCCUGUAAGAUUGGAGGAACGCCGCCUUCCAGGAGGAAAACUUGGAUCCAAGUGAUUGUGCGACCGGCUCGGAGCUGCCCACCCGAGAUCAUCAGCAUCGGUCGACGCUGUGGAGUGAAGACGGCGCAAGGUAAGUGACAGCCAUGGGACAGGCAUUAUCGUCACGGGAAAUGUUCAUUUCAGGUCUCAGGGAGGCCCUCAAGACACGAGGAGUUCGGGUUAAAAAUAAGGAUCUAAAGGCAUUUUUUGAGUAUGUAGAAAGAUUGUGUCCCUGGUUCCCCAAGGAAGGAACAAUUGACGAGAUCAAGUGGGAAAGAGUUGGAAGUUGUUUAAAGGAUUUUCAUGAGAUCUUUGGCCCUGCAAAAGUGCCUAUUACGAUUUUUUCAUAUUGGAACCUGAUUAAUGACAUUCUAAAAACCCGUCACCUAGAUAAGACUAUUGAUGCCCUAGUAAGGGAUGGUGAGGAGACGUUACAGCAAUCCUCCCGACCUGCAUCUAAAUGCCCAUCUGUCAUUCUAGAUAUACCCUCCACUGAUGAUGACCCCAACAAUAAAAUUAAAGAGUCCACUUUAGCCCCUACCAACGAAGCGAGCCGACUAUAUCCUGCCAUCCGAGACAAAUUAGAUUCAGAUGAGGAAGCUGCCCCAGAGGAAGAGGUCGUGCACUAUCAUAAUUCCAAUUGGCCCCAAAAUGUUAAAAAUCCCCCGCCAUACAAUACUCACCCGCACCUUCCCAUUUGUGCCCCCGCUCUCUAUGACUUUAACCCUCCUGUGCCUGACUUGUCGGCCUUGCGACAGUCACUUCAACAGAGACGAGAGCACAUCCAGCUCCUUAAGGAAAUAAAAUCCCUUGACGAGGAGCUCCGCCACCUUGCCUUAGAGCAGCCCCUUCCAAAACCUAAACAAGGUAAAGUCAGGUCCAAAACCCAACCCCUUCUAGCUUUCCCUGUAACCAGGAGGCAAGCCGGAGGUCAUUCUGAGCCUGCCGCUGAUGGGGAAAAUGAGGCUGAGGAGAAUUCGCCCCACCACUCUGAGGAAGAUAGUGAGGAACCUGGGUCAGAGGAGGAAGAUCAGGUCCCCAAUCAAGGACCUGGUAAUGGACAGCCGCCACCCUAUAAAAAACUUAGUCUCAGAUUUAUUGAAAAACUUAAAACUGCUUGCACCCAGUAUGGUCCCACUGCCCUGUAUACUCAGGCCUUAUUGGAAAGCCAGAGUGCCCGGUGGCUUACACCUAAUGAUUGGGACUUCCUCGCCAGAGCUGCUCUCAGCGGAGGUGACUAUGUCCUGUGGAGGGCUGAUUAUGUUCAAAUUUGUAAAGAAAUAGCCCAACAAAAUUUUGCUAAAGCUUCAUCUAAAAAUUGGCCCCUCAAAAAACUUUUGGGAGAUGCCCCAUAUAAUUCCAACAAUUCACAAGCCCAGUUCCCUGAUGGACUUCUGGCGCAAAUUAAAACUGCCGGACUAGGGCUUGGAGAAAGCUCCCUCAAAGGGGAGCAGUCACUACCUCUUUGGCUAAGAUUCAGCAGGGGCCCGACGAGCCUUAUAGUGAUUUUGUCUCGCGCCUUAAUGUUGCAGCUGAGAGACUAG